AUGUCUGACCCUGCAGCCACCGGGACCCCGGCAGUGAUUUUUGACAAUGGCUCUGGACAGUGUAAGGCUGGUCUGUCAGGAGAGCGGGCACCCCGUUCGGUUAUUUCUACUGUUGUGGGAUACCCGAAAUCCAAACUGGUCAUGUGUGGAGCUGGUCACAAGGACUAUUAUAUCGGGGAGGAAGCCCAGUCCAAAAGGGGCAUCUUGUCUUUUACUUACCCAGUGGAACGUGGAAUAGUUACAUCCUGGGAUGACAUGGAGAAGAUUUGGAGAUAUCUAUAUAAAUAUGAACUCAGAAUGAAACCCAGUGAGAGGCCAGCACUGCUGACCGAGACACCUCUCAAUCCUCUGUCCCACCGAGAAAAUAUGGCUGAGACCAUGUUUGAGAGCUUCCGGGUGCCUGCUCUUUUCGUGGCUCUUCCGGCACUAACAGCCCUUUAUGCCUGUGCCCGAACAACUGGGCUAGUGCUGGACAGUGGCGAUGGUGUUACUGUCACGGUGCCUGUCUACGAGGGCCAUUGCUUGAUACAAGGCAUCACCAGGCUGGAUUUUGCAGGCAGAGAUGUAACUCAGUACCUUGCUAGGCUCCUUUUGGAGACUGGGCAUUCUUUUGUAAGCACAGCAGAGAGAGAAAUUGUGAGGGAUAUGAAGGAGAAGCUGUGCUAUGUGGCUUUAGAUCCUAGCCAAAAAAUGCAGGAAGAGCCUGCAAAACUUAUACGUGAGUACCUUCUCCCUGAUGGAAAUGCAGUCAAGGCAGGAGACCACCUAUUCCGAGCUCCUGAAGCACUUUUUGUGCCUGCUGAGGCAGGCGUCCCUGCAGCAGGGGUUGGGGGGAUGGUCCUCCAGAGCAUCGCCAAAUGUGCUGGGCGUAUCCAGCCGGACAUCCUAAGGAAUGUGCUGUUAUCAGGCGGAUCAACUCUUUUCCGAGGUUUCAAAGAGAGGCUUCUGAAAGAGCUAAAGACACGAAUUCCCCACACAACUCCUGUCAAGAUCAUCUCACCAAGAGAUAGGAUGUGCUCCGUGUGGAUUGGUGCUUCUGUCCUUACCAGCUUAACAGCAUUUAGAAAUAUGUGGGUCACCAGGGAAGACUAUAAUGAGGUUGGACCAACCGUUCUCCAGAGAAAGUGCUUUUGA